AUGAAUUCGAUUUCAAAUUGUCCUCCUCACAAGUAUUAUGAAUCUGCAACUUUUCAUCAGAUACUCUCAUAUUCUAUAUCUCUAAUAACUACUCCUGUCAACUUUUAUGGUGUAUAUCUCACACUUUUCAAGUCAGAGAAAACGCUUAAAAAUGCGAAAUGGGUCAUGCUCAAUUCUCAAAUUUGGAGUAUGAUAAGCAGUUUGAUGAUAACAACAUUCCUAGUUCCAUUUCUAAUCUCGCCCGUUGUUGGAGGACAUCCGCUAGGUCUUUUUACUCAUUUUGGAAUACCUGUUUUUUGGCAAUGUCUGAUUGGUUUUGGAUCGAUUGCACAAACCGGUUCUACGAUGGUAAUUGUAUUUGAAAAUCAGCAAAAUCAUUUGGUGACAGACGGUAUCAAACUGAAUUCGACAUUGUCCAGAAGAUUAUUCGCAAUUUUCAAUCAAGCAAUCGGAUUUUUGUUCAUCAUUCCAGUUUUAAUGAAUGUUCCAGACCAGGAAGUGGCAAAACGUAAUGUGGCAAAAUGGAUCGUCUGCCCACCACCAGAAUUUUACGAUAUGCCAAUUUUUAUCCUAGCUGAAGACUCUUAUCUAAUUCGUUGGUCCGUGUCUUCCAUGCUAGCAGUUUAUAUUUUUCAAGGGGGCUUUUUUAUAAAGUUGUCGUUUAAAACAAGAAAUAUGCAGAGAAAGUUUUUCAUUACCGUAUAUGUUCAAAUAUUCCUCCCGUUUACGAUUGUUGGAAUACCAGUAUUUUUUCUGGUGUUUUCUGUUGCAACCGGUUAUCACAAUCAAUGUUCUAGCGUUGAUAUCUUGAUUUCACCUGUCACUACUAUUCAACGCCUCACUUUAAGUCUCAACGUCGAAAUUAGUUCUGAAUCUAUGGAUUGGAACCUUUUUCUCCUCAUAAGUGUGAUUCUAACAAUUUCUGGCUUGGUAUCCAAUGUGAUGCUCAUCAAGCUAGUGGCCUUCAAAGAAAUUUUUGAUAAAUACUGUAAAAUCGGAAUCGGAGUUAUUUCCUUUUCCGUUGUCAUCUACCUGAUUGCUUAUGGAAUUGAAACACUGGUAUGUGUCUUAUCCGGAACUCCAUUCAGAAACCCAGUAUGUCAGGAGCAUACUAUUUAUCAGUUAAUGAGUUUUGUUUAUACAAUGACUGCAAUGAUCUCUUAUACUUCUCAAACUGCGUUCACAAUUGAAAGAAUUGUGUCUAUCAAAAUCCCAAAGUUUCAUGAUUCUCGGAGUUUCCAGCAAAUAUUCUGGAUUGUUGUUGUGGUAUUGAUCAUCUUUUCGUUCGCAAUGUCUUGUUUUCAUCAUAGUGGAAAUAAGACAUUGGACGAAAUCUAUGGGAUCUCCACUCAAGCUUUUGUUCUCUCCAACUUACCAUUGAUGAUUGUCGCAAAAGUCUCAAGCCGCAAAAUGUAUCGUGCAGAUGUCAAAACCUAUGAUCUGGCACGCAAGCAUCAGUUAUUUAAUUCUUAUGAAAUCACAAGUAGUUUUUUGUUCGCUUUGAUUAUCAACUAUCUAAUUGAAGCAUUUGCCCUUUUGCUUCUGGGAAUGUUCAAAUAUGGAAACUAUUUUUUCUCAGAAGACGAAACCGGAAAAAUGGAGUUCAUUAUCCAGAUGUUUUGGAAUAUCAACCACACCAUAUUCCCAUGGUCGGUGAUUCUAUUUCAUCGUGGUCAACGAUCGAUUUUCAAGAAAUCCAAAAUUGAAUCAAAUGGAAUGACAAGUAUCGACGGUACACGAAUUGUUUCAAAUCCAACACAAAACGACUGUUUUGAGCAGAUGAAAUUGGCUUGGACCGGACCGAUAUUCUGA